AUGCUGGUACGGGGUGCCAAAAGGGACGUAAGUUCGAAGUCGCACGAAGAUGAAAAUGCAAACGAUCUUGUGCGCUCGGGACGACUUCCGCCUUGCGCCACACAGCGCAUGCUUAGAAACAAGUACUACGGUGGUGUUAUUUCGCCGAAAAAUGGUGCACUCUACUGCAUACCCUACAAUGCCGAUCGCGUGUUGCGAAUUUCCGCAGACGGAACGGACUACUGCUUGCUCUCUUCGCUGCGGUUGACGGGAAAACGUAAAUCGAUAGCUACCGCUGGCAAGAGCUGCAUGACGAGUGGCAUGGAAAACAUGGAAGAUGCAGAACGCGCGGACAAGCAGCACAUGAUGACAAACUCGUUGCACAAGUGGCACGGCGCAGUUGUGGACGGGCACGGAGACAUCGUUGGUAUUCCGAGUCACGCCGAGACCGUGCUAUAUGUGCGUGUGAACGCGGACGGCAAUGAUGAAGUGUACGAACUUCCAAUUGAUGUGGGGGACGACAGACCUUCCAGUCCUUGCAAGACGGCCGGUUCGGAGCCUGACAGACCGAAUGCCACACCUUCUCGCCAGCAACGUACGGGAGGUAGUUCUUCCGAGCGGAGAAAUAAACGCUACCAGUACGGCGGCGGUGUGCUUGGCACCGAUGGCUGUGUGUAUUGCAUCCCUAGCGACGCGGACCGUGUGCUGCGGGUGGAUCCAGUAAAGCAAGAGGCGCGCUUGGUCGGCCCCGUUUUGUUUCCGCACAUCAAGAACAAGUGGCAGAACGGAUUUUUGGCGGCUUCGGAUGGCUGCAUCUAUUGCAUUCCGUGUGACGCCCCGGCAGUUCUGCGGAUAGGGACCGCGACACCGACACAGAGAAAAAGCGCGAAGAAAAAUAGGAACACGUGUGGACAUUCUGUCCCACCAGAGGACCAAAGUGUGACCCGGCGCGAGACAGUGAUGCACUAUGGGACGACGAGCGACUCGCAACCCCGCCGACCUGAAACAGACGUGAGCAUCGAAUAUCUUUUCUGGUCUAGCCACUGCAAUACGGCAAGUGAGAAAGACGAGCUGAAACACGUGGCUUCGAAUCCCUCGAUGAGUGAGGACGACACACUGGUGAAAGAAAAAUGGGAGGGCGGUGCGCUUGGACUCGAUGGUUCUAUGUAUUGUCUCCCACAGCAGGCUAGGCACGUUCUACGCAUACACCCAGGAACGAUCGAUACAGGUAAUAAUCGCGAUGAAUCGGAAUCACCAUGCUGCAAGCCAUAACUAGUUGUAAAUACGAGGACGCUGCUUUCCCCACACGAGCGACACCCCCACCGACCUGCGCAAAAUGAAAGGUAAAGCGACAUGCAUGCACACGCACAAAACAGUU